CUCGUCCCCCCCGGCCUCCUCUCCUUCUCUGCCUGGGCAUGGCUGUCCCUCCUCCCCCAGCCCCUGUCGUCACCGCUUUGAGUAAGAGCUGAGACAUCCUUCACCCGAGCCCAGUCCUCACCAGAGCCCUCCACGACACAACAUCCCAGCCCCAGCCCAGCGGAGGGAACGGGGGGGCCGGGGACCCCUCCUUGCUCUCCCAGCAGCAGGAAUGAAAUUUGGGGCGGGUGACUUGGCAGAGCACCCCGAACUCACCCUGGCCCGGCUGUGUCCCUGCUGAGGCUCUCCCAGCCCCCAUCCAGCUCCGUCCAUGGCUCCUCCAGCGCUCGCUAAGGGUGGGGACACACGGGACACCCCUUCGGAGGUCCCCUGUGGUGGUUUUCCUUGCUAAGUCUCCUCUCCCACCACCAUCUCAGCUCAUCGCCCCCCCUGGUCCCUCCCGGAGGGGCUUUGCAAACUGCUCCAGGGAGGGGGUCCAUGGGGGACACCAACACAGGGAGCAUGGGGUGGCUGUCCCAUGGCAUCACCCCCCUCGUGGCGUGGUGCUUUGUGACCUUCCAGGCAGCCUCCUGCCUGCAGGAUCAGCCUGGCAGCCACGCCGAGGAGCGUCUCUUCAAGCACCUCUUCACCGGCUACAACCGCUGGUCGCGGCCAGUGCCCAACACCUCUGACGUGGUCAUUGUGAAGUUCGGGCUCUCCAUCGCGCAGCUGAUUGAUGUGGAUGAGAAGAACCAGAUGAUGACCACGAACGUCUGGCUGAAGCAGGAGUGGAGUGACUACAAGCUCCGCUGGGACCCGGCGGACUUUGACAAUGUCACCUCCAUCCGGGUGCCCUCCGAGAUGAUCUGGAUCCCUGACAUCGUGCUCUACAACAACGCUGAUGGAGAAUUUGCCGUUACCCACAUGACGAAGGCCCACCUCUUCUCCAACGGGAAGGUGAAGUGGGUGCCACCCGCCAUCUACAAGAGCUCGUGUAGCAUCGACGUCACCUUCUUCCCCUUCGACCAGCAGAACUGUAAGAUGAAGUUUGGCUCCUGGACCUACGACAAGGCCAAGAUCGACCUGGAGAAUAUGGAGCACAAUGUGGACCUCAAGGAUUACUGGGAGAGCGGCGAGUGGGCCAUCAUAAAUGCCAUUGGCACCUAUAACUCCAAGAAGUAUGACUGCUGCACCGAGAUCUACCCCGACAUCACCUUCUGCUUCAUCAUCCGUCGCCUCCCGCUGUUCUACACCAUCAAUCUCAUCAUACCCUGCCUGCUUAUCUCCUGCCUGACCGUGCUGGUCUUCUACCUGCCCUCCGACUGUGGGGAGAAGAUCACCCUCUGCAUCUCUGUCCUGCUGUCGCUCACCGUCUUCCUGCUGCUCAUCACAGAAAUCAUCCCGUCCACCUCGCUGGUCAUCCCUCUCAUUGGCGAGUACCUCCUCUUCACCAUGAUUUUCGUCACACUCUCCAUCAUCAUCACCGUGUUCGUCCUCAACGUCCACCACCGCUCCCCCAGCACCCACACCAUGCCUCGCUGGGUGCGUAGCUUCUUCCUCAACUUCAUCCCUCGCUGGCUUUUUAUGAAGCGACCCCCGGUGCUGCCUCCCCCCGAGGGGACCGCGGGGCAGUACGACCUCCCGGGCACGAGGCUCAGCACCUCCCGGUGCUGGCUGGAGACCGAUGUGGAUGACAAGUGGGAGGAGGAGGAGAAGGAAGAGGAGGAGGAAGAGGAGGAGAAGACAUACCCCAGCCGCGUGUCCCAACCAGGAUCCCACGGCCAGGGCACCCAGUGCCGCUAUGCCUGCGGGCGCCAAGCUGGGAAGGCACCGGCGGGCUCAGCCCCCCGGGUGCCCCCCAAAGGGGAGGAAGAGGAGGGGGUGGGCUCGAACCGGGGGCUGAUGCUCUCCCCCAGCAUCCUGAAGGCCUUGGAAGGGGUGCAGUACAUCGCGGAUCACCUGCGAGCCGAGGAUGCUGACUUCUCGGUGAAGGAAGACUGGAAAUACGUGGCCAUGGUGAUCGACCGCAUCUUCCUCUGGAUGUUCAUCAUCGUCUGCUUGCUGGGCACUGUGGGGCUCUUCCUCCCACCCUACCUGGCAGGGAUGAUCUAGGGACAGGGCCAGGCUGUGGUGGGGACAGCAGGCGAUGGACGCGCCCUCCUCCCCAGGGAGCAGACACAGUGAUGCCCACAUCCAGCCAGACCCUUGUCCUUCCCUGGGAGGACACGGUUGCAACCAUGGAGGACCCUUGGAUGGGAAAUAUAAGGUUGUGAAGCAAGGGCUGUGCCAAGGGGGGACCUGGGCAUGGUGGGGAGGGUGCCCUGCCCUGCCCAGGGUGGUUGCAACCAUCAAGGAAGGCACAGUACAGCUUCUCUGCUGCCCAAGCACAGGCUGGAGGCAUCUAAGAAAGGUGUCCGCUGCAAGUCCUACCCGAUGGGGCAAGCAAUAACACUUCAGAUGGUCCACGCAGAAGGGGUGCGGUCAUGGGAUGGAGGUCCCUGCUUGGUUGCACGGCGAGGGGGUCUCUGCUCUGCAAAGCCCAGCCAAAGCUCUGCAACCUGCUGGCACGGAUGGUCGCUUCCACAGCACCCCACUCCAGAGCUUGGGGCGGCAGGGAGAGGGGAGCAGCCGACCCAGAAAUGUGGGCGGCUUGGAAGGGAAAAGCCACCCUGCAGAGCGGGAUCACCUGCCCAGCCCUGGCCAGACCGUGCCCACGGAGCACGGGGUACUGCCCCGUGCCGAGGCUGGUGGACUCAGCUGGCAUGGGGGGAACCUGCGCUGCCGAGGUCCAUCCCGAGCAAAUCCUCUUCUCUGUCCCACAGCAGAUCCCAAAUCGCCUGGCUCUUACAACUGCUGCAACCCAGCUUUUAAUUUCUAGCUUCCCUAUAUCCUAAAGAGCAGCUACUCUCUUCUUCCAUGCCCGCAGAGACACCAGGAUUGUCCAGCAAUGUUUUCUCCUCCAGGAGACCAACCCAGGCAUUGCAGCGCUGGAUGCAGUCUGAGAGGUUUCAGAAAAUAUUUUGUGCUUUCAGAAGUGAAACGGGCUGGAAUAAACGGUGCCACGAAGGGACGUGCAUGUCCCCAGGGGUGCUGCAGCCGUUCGUGUGGCCUCUGGUGCUUCCAGGCUGGCUCAGAUGAGCUGAGAAACGGGAUGCGCGAGGGAGCAAGUGCCCUGCCUGCCUGAUGAGGCCACCAGGGUGUAAAUUUUGGGGUGUUCCGCUCCCCAGCGUGGCACUAGACCCCCAAGCAUCCUUCUUUUUGGGAGAGCCCAUCUUUACGGCUGCAUUAUCCCACAUAAACCACUUGUCCCCUCCACAGAUUGCCCAUGAUUUCCUGAUGGUUUUUGAAAAGGAAAACCCUGUGGAUACUCUAGCAAGCCUUGGGGUGGGAGCAGGGGGAGUCCAGGACCCUCGUAUGGAUUGUGGGCCCCACGGGAGGGAAAUGGGGCUCCAGAGGGGAUGGGUAUGUGGAUGCAUCAGAGCCAGGUUCACCCCAACAGCUCCCCGGGGGACGGCACUUCCCUGCACCGG